UCUGGUGUCGUUUGUUUUUAAAUUUAUCUGAAUUUUUUUUGUUAAUUUUUGUUAAGAGUAUAAACAAAAUUGUCUGAUUCUUUGAGUAUCAUUAUUGAAAUUUUUCACCUGACUGACAAUAUUCCAGCAAAUAUUCAACUUUAAUUUAAGUAAUCAUCAUAUAUAAUGUUCGCAACUAGGAAUGUAGAAGCUGACCAUAAGGAUUUAAUCCAUGAUGUUGCUUAUGACUUUUAUGGAAGACGGUUGGCUACUUGUUCAAGUGAUCAGAGUGUAAAGGUUUGGGAUCUUGGUGAGGAUGGUCAAUGGCAUUGCACUGCUAGUUGGAAAUGUCAUUCAGCAUCAGUCUGGAAAGUUACUUGGGCACAUCCAGAAUUUGGUCAAGUUUUAGCAACUUGUUCAUUUGAUCGAACUGCAGCUAUCUGGGAAGAAUUGCCGGCUGAUAGCUUGAGUGGGGAAUCUAACCAAUCUACUUGGGUUCGUCGAGCUUUUCUUAGUGACAGUCGUACCUCUGUUACCGAUGUUAAGUUUGCGCCUAGACAUUUAGGCCUAUUACUUGCCACAUGUUCAGUCGACGGCAGUUUACGAAUUUACGAAGCUCCUGAUGUCAUGACAUUAAGUCAAUGGUCUGUUCAACAUGAAAUAAAUUGUAAAGUUUCAUUAAGCUCAAUCACCUGGAAUCCAUCUCGCAUACAUCCUCCAAUGAUUGCUGUUGGUGUUGAUGAUGCAUCCGCAAGUGAUGGUAAAGUUAUUCUUUUUGAGUUCAGUGAAAAUACUCGACAAUGGAUAAAAAUAGAAGUAAUUAGUCUUGUUAGUGACCCGGUGCAUGAUAUAGCAUUUGCUCCAAAUGUUGGACGUUCCUACCAUUUACUUGGAAUAGCUUCUCGUGAUGUAAAAAUCCUAUCUAUCAAGCCUUGUGAUGGGCAAUCUUUAAGUUUACCGCAUCAAUCCCAUCAAGGCAACACAAGUCAACAUGCUCCAAACCAAAAGUUUGAAAUCAAACAAGUUGCCCAAUUUAACGAGCAUGGAGCCCAAGUCUGGAGAGUUUCCUGGAAUAUUACUGGAACUAUUUUAGCUUCUUCAGGAGAUGAUGGCUCUGUUCGUUUAUGGAAGGCUAACUACUUGGAUAACUGGAAAUGUGUAACCGAAUUAAAAUGUCAAAAUAACCAAUCUGGUAACUCUAGUAGCCAAGAUGAUAAUAAAUCAGGUAAUUCGGAUGGUAAAAGUACAAAAGGUCUACGAAACUUCAGUUCUUUGGUUAGUCCUGGUCCAAUGACUCGCCACUGACUCUAAUUUGAAGCGAUUUCUAUUGUUUUUUAACCUUCAUCUUUCUCUACAAUUUAAUACUGCCAAUCUCAUUCUCCAUCAACACUCAUUAAGAAGGCGGAAAGAUUGUUUAAUUGUUCAAUUAGUUUGUAUGGUAAAUGAGAAAUAAAAAGUUGAUACCUUUAA